GAGGAGCUUUGAAGCCUCAAGGAAGACAUUGAAUGCAUUUUGCAGCUUAUGCGGGCUGCAUACGGGCCGCACGGAAUCUCCAGUGAGCUUCACGGGGUGUAUGCGGGCGCAUGACCCCCGUAUGUGAACAGUGUUUUGCUACAGUGCCGUGAACAGUACCUGGUGAACAGUAUUUUUGCUGCGGUGCCGUGCAGGCAGAGAGACUCACGGGCAAGCUUGCGCCCGCGUAGAUUUUCCAGUGAACUUCACGGGCAAGUGUGCGCCCGUAUACCGGCCGCAUGUGAACCGUAACAGUGAACAGUAACAGUGCUACAGUAUAUAUUGCUACAGUAAAUUCCGCAGUUUUUCACUGUUUCAAAACCCGUUUAAACCCCAACAUACCAGUAUGGCUUGGAGAAAAUUUGCAGGCGCUAGAGACACUUGAGCUUCGAUACAAUAUGCUUACUGGAACUAUUCCUCCACAAUUGGGAAACCUCACAUAUCUUCAUCUUAUUGAUGUUUCAAAUAACCAUCUAUCAGGUGCCAUACCACAUAGUUUUGGCAACUUCAGUGCCAUGAAAACUAAUCUUGGAAGAGGUUGGUCAGGCAUAUAUGAUUAUGUGAACAAUAUUGACAUAAAUAUGAAAGGAAGAGAAUUUCAGUUGGAAGGGAGAAUACCAUCAUUAUUUAUUUGCAUUGACCUCUCAAAUAAUAUAUUAUCAGGAGAGAUACCCGAAGAGCUAGCGCACCUUUCAUUUCUGCAGAGCUUGAAUUUAUCCAGAAAUCAAUUAUUAGGACAACUUUCAGAAAAAGUUGGAGAGCUUAGGUGGUUGGAAGUUCUUGAUUUAUCAGUGAAUAAUCUUUCAGGGGCUAUUCCUCAAACAAUGACCAACUUAACUUCAUUGAAUCAUCUGAAUUUAUCAUACAACAAUUUCUAUGGUGAAAUUCCACACGGUGGGCAAUUGCAAGUGCUUCCAGAUCCAUCUAUUUAUUCUGGCAACCCAGGUCUAUGUGGUUUUCCAUUAGAUAAAAAGUGUGAGAUUACAGCACCAGCACAACCACCCUCGUUGCCAAACAAUGAAGGUGAAAACAACUUGGAGACCAUAUGGUUUUAUUUGAGCAUGCCACUGGGAUUCAUGUUUGGGUUUUGGGCAAUUUUUGGUGCAUUGAUACUGAAAGAGAGCUGGAGGUAUGCUUAUUUUCGAUUUAUUGAUCAUAUUUAUAAUAAGAUCUAUGUUAUUGUUGCUGUGAAUCUAAAAACAAUGAAGAGAAAAUGCGGCCUUGCUAGUGAAUAGUGUUACCUUGUCUUCUUGGAAGCCAAAAUAAAAUAUUACAAUCCAUAUUAAGUAUAACAAGAGCAAGUUGGUGCUACGAGGUUAUGCAGAGUUUAGCAUUUUACUGCCUACUUGUAUUAAUUAUAUGCAUAAACUGUCAUGAGAACUCUUUUGAGAAUGUAAUUUUAAUUUGUUAUGAAAUGUUAUCCAAUGUAUUUAUUUAUUCUCUCAUGUUAAUGUUAGAGUUAAUAGAGCAUAUUAUAUGUAAGUCGAACACAUCAAUGUGCUUGAUCUUCCUGUGUUAGUGAAAGUUUUCAGUGAGUAUAUAUAUACUUGACAAAGCUUCUCAAAAGACAAAGCUUCAACAGAAGUGAUCCAGGUUCUUCAAUUUUUCAACUAGUUUAUAUGUUUUCUGCAAGUUUGCCUUAAUUUCUCUUGAAUACCUCAUCAUCAAAAAUUCUGGAGAUAUGCCCCCAUGUGGUUCUAUAGAUAUUUACCUUUUCUAAGAGAAUGGCAAUUUGAGCGAGCUAGCAAUUUCCUGCAAUAUAUAUGAUCUGCAUGCCAACAAUAUAAUACAGUACAAAGUGGCAUACAACUAUAUAUCAAUCAUGAUUUUACAAGGGAGAUACAUCUAUAUAUCUAUUGCUCUGGCUCUUAAUUAAUAUCCUUCAAAGCAUGCACACAAUCACAUAUAUUUGCAUGGAUGUAGCAAUUACAAAAAGGAUCCAUUGUUUGAAUGCAUUUGGGUUGAGGAAUAUGAACCUAAACACAGAUAUUGCCUUCAUUCUUGUUGUGGCAAUUUCAUCCUUCUCCUGGGAGUGAAGCAGUAAUUGUCCAAGUCAUAUAAGAGGUUUGUUAAUUAGAUGUGCUUUUUUAUUAUUUGUGCUUUAAAUGUUUACUAGGAUAAUUUUUUGAUAAGAUGAUUAAUUGAUAGUUAACAAGCAAGGUUUGUGCAUUUUGAUUUCAUCAUUUUUUUUUUAGCUCUGGUUUAACACCAACGCUGAGCUCCUCCUCAUGUUGGUCAAACUAUAAAUAAUUUUUAGGAGCAAAGCUCUAAUUUUUUUUAUAAUUAUCAUUGAUAAUCAGGGUGUUUAUGCAAAAAUUGCAAAACUCAAUAUCCUUUUUGCAUAAACCCCCAGCAAGUUUGACUUCCAAAUCAUGAAAUCCAUGAUACUUUUGCGAGAACACCCUCAUUUUUAUUAGUAAUUAGUUGGGCGUUUUCCAUAAAAUUGUAAAACUUUCUGUCUGUUCUACAGAAAUCACAAUAACUUUGGUAAAAUUAUAUUAAUGUUUGAGGAUUUAUAUGAUAAUAAUGUCAGAAAAGUCACAAUUAAUUUGGUAAUAUUUGACUUUAACUGACAGUGUACACAACCAAUCUUUUUG